AAGACGUCAAUCUCAGCAGCAUAGUGAAAAUUUGCCCGUGAAAAGAAAAGUAGAGGAACCAAACAAAAUCACUUAAAAGCUAUAAAAAAUAUGCAUGGAAUCCGUGGAAUUCUAUUGAGAAGUGUUUUUCAGGUGUCUGCACGAGCUUAUAGCAGUUCCAAUGCCCUUGCCACUUUAAGACGAAAAACAGGCUACACAAUAUCUAACUGCAAGAAAGCAUUGGAUUUACAUCAAAAUAAUAUUGUGGAGGCGGAAAAGUGGCUCGAUGACCAGGCACAAGCCAUGGGAUGGUCAAAAGCAGAGAAACUAGAAGGACGAAAGACUCAACAGGGCCUCAUAGGUGUUCUUGUCAGAGAGAAUUGUGGAGUCAUGCUGGAAGUAAAUUGCGAGACAGAUUUUGUAGCACGAAAUAGGACGUUUCAGGAUUUUUUGUCAGCAUCUUCCAAUACUUGCUGGGAAUACAUUCGGGAAAAUAUAAAUAAUGAUUUAGAUGUAUCACAAAAAAAUCUUUCUGGAGAUGAAUUAAAAACUCUCUUAGCCAGAGAUGGUAAAACUCUUACUGACCAUCUAGCUAUUUUGAUAGGAACCGUAGGAGAGAAUGCUACUCUCCGUCGUGGAAUUGGAUUUAAGAGUGAAUACAAGAGCAUUUUUCUCUCAGGCUAUGCUCACCCUCCACAAUCAAAUCGAGAUGGUUUUGCUUUUGGGAAAUUUGGUGCGAUUGUAGCAUUUCGUCGCAUAGAUACACCACAAGACCUCAUGUUAGAGCGUAGAAUAUGUCAACAUAUUGUGGGCAUGAAUCCAAAGAAAAUAGGAAAGAAAAACAUAGAUAUAGCCAACGUGAAUGCAGAUAAUGAAGAUAUUCUAAUCUAUCAAGAAUACAUUGCAGAUACUUCCAAGACUGUGGGAGAAGUCUUAGAUGAAUCUCGUCUUCAAGUGUUAAACUAUACACGAUUUGAAUGUGGCGAGGAGAGUGAUUCUUAAAAAUUCACACUACAAGCAUAAAUUUAUUCUUUCUUCCUAGAAUAAAUAGACAUAAAAUCUUUGAAGAGCAUAUUUGUGUUAUUAUCAUAAGGUCUUAUUGAGUCCUCUUUCCCUUUUAAAUGUUUAGCAGGAUCCACUUGUAAAAUAUUGCUGUCUACGUUCUUGCUAAAUAAAUUUUUGUAGAGUAAGCGAUAUUUCUCUGACUGAAUAAGGCCGAUCUGCUGGUAAAGUGCCACAGAUGAAGUCCACAUGUACAGAUAGAAUACUAUGUACAAAAAAAAACAUAAGUAAAAAAAAUAAAAUACAAAAUAAAGAAAAAGUCUUACAAAUACAAAAUCCACCUGCACAAGUUGUUGCUAUAAGUUCUCCCAAAGGUAAUUGCUUCUUGAGGAAAAUCAUUGCAAUAAUAUGGAUGAUCAAGAAUACAAAAACUUUGCCCAUAUUUAGAAUUAUAAAGGGCAUAAUUAGGUAUUUGUUGAGCUUAAAAAAAGUACACAAUUAGAAUAAUAUCAAUAAUGUGCUCUUAAAGGACACGUAGGGCUAGUAAGAGACAUAUGUGUGCUUUGUGGAGUUCAAGAUUUCACAAAAAGAUUAUAAUAAUUUUUUUUUGCCCUACGGGCAUUUAUGUGAGGUCCAGCCAGGGUUGCUUUGUGUAGAUAGGGGGGCGGGGGUGAGUGCAUGCGAAUAGAACUUACCCCCCAAGGCACCACAAAGCAAUUUCAUCACUAUAUACCUUUAAUAUUAAUUGUUCAUAUUAGGUAUAUUUUGUUAAAUUGAGCUCAAGUGUAUUAAAUGUUUUUUUCAAAA